AUGUCUACUCUAAUUCCUCCUCCUUCUAAGAAGCAAAAGAAAGAAGCUCAGCUUCCCAGAGAAGUAGCUAUCAUCCCGAAGGAUUUGCCCAAUGUAUCAAUAAAGUUCCAGGCUUUAGAUACAGGUGAUAAUGUAGGUGGUUCCCUGAGAGUUCCCGGUGCUAUCUCCGAGAAACAAUUGGAGGAGCUAUUGAAUCAACUGAAUGGUACCUCAGAUGACCCAGUUCCAUAUACGUUCAGUUGUACCAUCCAAGGUAAGAAGGCCAGUGAUCCUGUAAAGACGAUUGACAUUACAGACAACCUAUAUUCUUCGCUAAUAAAACCAGGCUAUAACAGUACAGAAGAUCAGAUUACGCUGUUAUAUACUCCAAGAGCAGUUUUCAAAGUCAAGCCGGUGACUAGAAGUUCAUCUGCCAUUGCAGGUCAUGGCUCCACAAUUUUAUGUUCUGCCUUCGCACCACAUACGAGUUCCAGGAUGGUGACUGGUGCAGGAGAUAACACUGCAAGGAUUUGGGACUGUGAUACUCAAACUCCAAUGCAUACUCUAAAGGGACAUUACAAUUGGGUUCUUUGUGUCUCUUGGUCUCCAGAUGGUGAAGUGAUUGCUACAGGCUCUAUGGAUAAUACCAUAAGACUAUGGGACCCAAAAACAGGUGAGUGUCUGGGUGAUGCUCUCAGAGGACAUUCCAAGUGGAUUACUUCCUUAAGUUGGGAACCUAUACAUCUUGUGAAACCAGGCUCCAAACCAAGAUUAGCGUCAUCUUCUAAGGAUGGUACUAUCAAAAUUUGGGACACUGUGAGUAGAGUUUGCCAGUAUACAAUGAGCGGACACACAAACUCAGUGUCUUGUGUCAAAUGGGGUGGCCAAGGUCUGUUGUAUAGUGGAUCUCAUGAUAGAACCGUACGUGUAUGGGACAUAAAUUCUCAGGGCAGAUGUAUUAACAUUCUGAAGUCUCAUGCGCAUUGGGUCAACCACUUAUCCUUAUCUACAGAUUACGCGUUACGUGUAGGUGCUUUUGAUCAUACAGGUAAGAGGCCAUCUACGCCAGAAGAUGCCCAAAAAAAGGCACUAGAAAACUAUGAAAAAAUCUGCAAAAAGAAUGGAAACUCAGAAGAAAUGAUGGUCACUGCAAGUGAUGAUUUUACCAUGUUUUUAUGGAACCCGCUAAAAUCCACCAAGCCAGUAGCAAGAAUGACUGGGCACCAAAAAUUGGUCAAUCAUGUAGCAUUCAGCCCGGAUGGUAGGUAUAUUGUAUCAGCAUCAUUUGAUAACUCAAUCAAAUUAUGGGACGGUAGAGAUGGUAAAUUCAUCUCCACGUUUAGAGGACACGUAGCCAGUGUAUACCAAGUUGCAUGGUCCUCAGACUGCCGAUUACUAGUAUCCUGUUCAAAGGAUACCACUUUAAAAGUGUGGGACGUAAGAACUAGAAAGCUUUCAGUUGACCUUCCAGGUCAUAAAGAUGAAGUUUACACCGUCGACUGGAGUGUUGAUGGUAAAAGAGUGUGCAGCGGCGGAAAAGACAAGAUGGUAAGAUUAUGGACACAUUAA